ACAAAAUGGCGGAGAUUUAUAGGUGUGCUGUAGGACCACAGUUAUAUCGGAUUUUUACGAAAAAUAGGCGACAAAGCAGACCAUACGAGGGGAAUAGCUUGGAGCAAUGCGGCUCAGGAGUUCUACGAGCGUUGUCACUAGCAUGGUCAGUUUGUUAUUCUACUUCCUUGUUAACUGCACCUGCCAUAGGAUUUUAUCUCUUGAGGAAAGGUCUGUUGAGUCAUGAAGGUUUGAUAAGCUUGUCUAGGUUCAUUGGCACAGGAUUUAUGGUUGUAUUUGGAGCACUAUGCUUAAGAGGAUAUGGACGAUUUAAAAAUCAUGACUAUAGAGUAUUCUCAGCCCUUUUAGAAGAAACAAGGGUGAACAACAAUGAAGAAAACAAGAAAAGACUUGGGUUGUAUGACUUCAGUUUUAAAGGUUGGCCGGUUGAUUACAAAUGGGAUGAAUCCAAAGCUGAUCAAGAUGUGCGCAGAGAAGCAAAGAAUGCCACCUCUCAAAGCAGGUCUUCAGGAUUUUUAUCCUUCCUUGGAUCAUGGCCUUGUGACUUUCUCAGGUAUUUUGUGGCACACUCUGUUGGUCGCCCCAUGAUUUACCCAGGAUCCACUGGUCUUCUUCAAAGUGGAUAUGCUGAACCUUUGAAGACAGGAAGGCAGUACUUAAUUGAACGUAGUGGCAAGAGAGCAAAACUGGAAGCAGCAGAUGGAAAUGAGAUUGAUACGAUGUUCAUGGACAAGAGGUCAAGGGAGGAACAUGGGAGUAACGGGAACACUUUGGUUGUAACAUGUGAAGGGAAUGCAGGCUUUUAUGAAGUUGGCCUGAUGAUGACCCCUUUUAAAGCUGGAUAUUCAGUUUUAGGAUGGAAUCAUCCUGGCUUUUCUGGGAGCAGUGGUGUGCCAGGCCCAGAAUCUGAGAGAAAUGCCGUAGAUGUUGUAAUACAAUAUGCUGUUGAAGUACUAGGCUUCUCAGUUUCUAAUAUUGUUGUAUAUGCAUGGUCAAUAGGAGGUUAUCCUGCAGUAUGGGCGGGAAAAACACACCCAAAGAUCGGUGCUUUGGUGUUGGAUGCAACUUUUGAUGACAUUGUUCCACUUGCUCAAUGCAAGAUGCCUGAAGGCAUAAGUGGUUUCACAACAAGAGUGGUGAAGGAAUAUUUUCAUCUUGAUAUUGCACGUGUGUUAUGCAGCUAUCCAGGCCCAGUACUGUUCAUCAGAAGAAUGAGAGAUGAGAUCAUCACAACUGAGGAAGGGGAUAUCAGCUCAAAUCGUGGAAAUGAUCUCCUAAAGAAGUUUCUCAAAUUCAGGUAUCCAAAGUUAGUUGAUGACAGUGGUGAAGACGCACUAGAUGAAUAUCUCGCUGCUCCAGAUCAAGCUACCAAGAAAGCUAUUUGGAAUAGCCUUAGUGCUGACGCUAAUUUAUGCGAAUCGAUGUACAAAAGCUAUGUCAAAGAAAACGGCAGGGAAUUUCCCAUGAUGAUAGGUCAAGAUUUGUCGGUGGAACAACGGACUCAUCUACUGAUGUUUCUGGUCUUACGGUAUCUAAUGGACUUUGAUGCCACACACUGUAUAAAUUUGCCAGCAUCAGAGUUUCGCCUACCUUGGAAUGAAUAGCGAUGUUCCUUGCCGUUCUGCGGGGAGUCUUGCAAACAUUGAAACAAUAUUUUCCUUUAGUUUAGACUGCUUGUUUAGGAUUUAUGAGGUAGAGAUAGGUAAUUCUUUAACCCGGGUAGCGAUCUGUUUGUAGUAAUCGGGCUCAAGAGGUUCUUAUGAAAAGUAAAAGGAAAAUUUUAGCUCACUUGAUCUUGUUCCACCAUUUGAUUUACAUGCUGCGACGGUGUAAGAAUGCACAAUUUAUGAUAUGAUGUAUCAGCAAGAUUGUUGGUGUUCAGCUACAAGAGAGAAACUCUUGAGUGCUCAAGCCAUCCACCGGAGCCUUGGACCAGUAAAUAAAUUCUCCUAACGCUAUCAACACACUGUCAGACAGUCAGGUUAAAGAAAGGAAACAAAAGUAUUUACUUUAGGAGACGGGUAUAAUUUUAUUUAACAUCAAAUCCCAGAGCUGAAAUCGUAAGAAAUGUAUGGCAGGAAGUAGGUAGGACUGGUUUUGAGAUCUUUAGAGCCAAAGGGUCAAGCCAUUGUGCAUUUUUGUGUAUCGUCAGUUUUAGUCAGCGUUGUCCAUAGCCAUCUUCAUUGUUUUUCUUUGUAGCGUUUACUUACGUGUUUGUUUUGUUUUUCGAAGGGGGUCGGGAAGGAUCGCUACGUCCAUUUCGAGGUUCUGGUCAAUAUGUAAGCAUGUUAUGAACCAAGGCCCAAAGUUUCGCGCUUCUUUUUGCAGCGUUAAGUGGUUUGUGUGGAGCUGUAUACGGAGUAUAACACCCUUUUGACUGAAAUAGGAAUAGUAAGACCGAAAAGAAUUGGAACAGUGGUUUCAUCCUUGAGAGCCAAAUAUCAAAGGAGUAAAUGAAAAAAGUUGCUUGA